GCAAAGUCCUCAAUCGGUUUGGAGGAACCACUGGGAAAUUCCAGCAAGCGUCGACCACUUUUGAGACCAGCAAGCGGGCUUGAGGGUCCGCAGGUGAGAAUCAGGAGUGGAUCGGGCGCCGCCGACUCCGCGCUUGUGGAGAAAUCCCAUCCAUUCCGGCCGGAUCAUCGUCACUCUAAUCGCUCCCUCCUCCUCCGUCCACAAGCUCGAGCUUGCAGCACGACUGUGCUCUACCCCCCUUCUUUUCAUAUCGACUGAGCCAAGAGACAAGUCCUGGGUCUCUAUCCACCCUCUCAGUCGCCAUGUCUUCGCUUCCUCCCCCUCCGCCGCCGGAAUGGGUCGUGAGGAUGAACACCCCCAUGCCACGCCCAUCCAAACAGGCUGCCAGCAUCCCCGAUCCUCCAGGCUUCUCCAGGAAACCGACUGGCAAGAACCAACGUGCCCAACAAUCUGCCGCAGCCUCCACCCCAGCCAAACCUGUCGAGACCGAUACUCUGAAGCUCAAGAAAGCAUGGGAGAUUGCCCUGGCCCCCUCGAAACAGAUUCCCAUGAACGCGAUCAUGAUGUACAUGUCCGGAAACAGUCUACAGAUCUUCAGCAUCAUGAUGGUGUUCAUGCUCUUCAAGGGCCCCAUCCAGGGCCUGAUCAACACCAACACCGUGUUCGCUAAGUUCGAUACCGAAGGCACGCGCGCGAAACUACUUGGAGUCAAGGCCAUUUACGUCGUCAUGCAGCUGGUGUUAUUGUGUUUGGGCGUUUGGAAGGUUAAUGCGAUGGGACUCUUGCCGACUACGAGGUCGGAUUGGCUGGCUUGGGAGUCGGAACGGCAACCGUUGGAGCGGGCUUACUUUGCUUUUGGUUGAUCGGAUUGAGUGUGUCCGAUGCGGUGUCCAUGGAGAAAAGAUGCAGAAAAAUAAACUUUAGCGACCAUAUAUGAAGUCGUCAUACCAAUUGUACAUGAUAUUGCGUGGCUCUAUACCAAGCUAGGGCUAACGUCGUGCCUCGGUAUCGUAUAGUCUAACAGGUCCAUUGCUCUUCACAUUUCUAUUGUGAUUCAUGUCCAACGCCGAUGGCCAGUAUAUGGGCCUAUAUGAUCC